GCAAUAAUAUACACAAAACCCAUGUAGAAAAAAGAAAGCAAAAAAAAAAAAAAGAAAUGGACUGCUCUGUUUUCCUUUCCCUCCUCUGUUUUUCCUCCCUCUUCCUGUUCUCCUUCCUCCUCCACCGGGCUUCCCGCCGGCGGCGGCUCCGGCUGCCGCCGGGGAGUCUAGGACUGCCGGUGAUCGGAGAGACGCUGCAGCUGAUCUCGGCGUACAAGACGGAGAAUCCGGAGCCGUUCAUCGACGAGCGGGUGGGGAAGUUCGGGCCGAUCUUCACGACGCACGUGUUCGGCGAGCCGACGGUUUUCUCGGCCGAGCCGGAGACGAACCGGUUCAUUCUGCAGAACGAAGGGAAGCUGUUCGAGUGCAGCUAUCCGAGCUCGAUAUCGAACCUUUUGGGGAAGCAUUCUCUGCUUCUGAUGAAGGGAAGUCUCCACAAGAGAAUGCAUUCUCUCACUAUGAGCUUUGCCAAUUCUUCUAUCAUUAAGGAUCAUCUCUUGGAUGAUAUAGACCGGUUGAUCCGGCUCAAUAUGGACUCCUGGACCGGCCGAAUCUUGCUCAUGGAGGAGGCCAAGAAGAUAACAUUUGAGCUAGCAGUGAAGCAGCUAAUGAGCUUUGAUCCGGGGGAGUGGACUGAGUCUCUAAGGAAAGAGUAUCUUUUACUCAUUGAAGGCUUCUUUACCAUUCCUUUACCUCUCUUCUCCACCACCUACCGAAGAGCCAUUAAAGCUAGGACCAAGGUGGCUGAGGCAUUGAGCUUGAUAGUGAGGCAAAGAAGGAAAGAAAAUGAAGUUGGCGAGGGAAAAAACGACAUGUUAGUGGCUCUCUUGGCAGGAAACGACGGCUUUUCCGACGAGGAGAUUGUGGAUUUCUUGUUGGCUUUGCUUGUCGCUGGCUAUGAAACGACAUCCACUAUUAUGACUCUUGCCGUUAAGUUCCUCACGGAGACACCUCUUGCUCUGGCUCAACUCAAGGAAGAGCACGACCAAAUUAGAGCCAAAAAGAGGGAGUCAUCAGAAGCACUGGAAUGGAGUGAUUACAAGUCAAUGCCAUUCACUCAGUGUGUCGUUAAUGAGACACUGCGUAUUGCAAACAUAAUUAGUGGGGUAUUCAGGCGAGCCAUGACUGAUAUCAACAUCAAAGGUUACACAAUCCCCAAAGGAUGGAAGGUUUUCGCAUCGUUUCGCGCCGUUCAUUUAGAGCAAGAACACUUCAAGGAUGCUCGAACCUUUAAUCCGUGGAGAUGGCAGAACAACUCUGGAGGAACAAGUAGUUCCGUCAAUGUGUUCACCCCAUUCGGAGGCGGGCCACGGCUGUGCCCGGGCUAUGAACUUGCUAGAGUAGAACUCUCAGUUUUCCUUCACCACUUAACCACCGGUUUCAAUUGGGUUCCUGCUGAAGAGGAUAAGUUGGUGUUCUUCCCAACCACUAGGACUCAGAAGCGAUACCCUAUCAUUGUGCAGCGUAGGAAUCCUGAUCGGCAAUGUAAAGAGUAAGAUCCAAAAAAACACAUAAGAAGAAGAGAAGAUAUGGAAGGCAGGGAAUAUGUAGCAAAGUUGUAAUCUUGUUGAUCUUUGUGAUCUUAUUGAAAUAAAAACCUAAAAUCUCUGUUAUUAUAUGUAAUUAAUUAAUUGAUUUAA